AUGAAGGCGGUGCAAGACAGUGUUUCUGCUUGCGUCCUUGACAAAAAGAUAUACACGUUUGGAGUCAACUUUGAUAGUGAUGCCCAGACCUUUGAGAACUCGUUCGAGAUUUACGCGGUCUGUAAUUUUGACGCGGCUGCGGUUGCUUACAAUCCCGAGGAACGUCGUUGGGACAACAAGGUGGACCGAGAGAUUGGUAGAACUAUUGUGGAUCUGAAUUCUCAGUAUGUCAUAGGGAACGUUUUGUACACAGUUGCUGAUUUGGAACGUAAGGGUGAUCCGAGUGAAAGAGAGAUCAUGUGGUAUGACACUGCGGUAGGUAGGUGGAGAGAGGUCACUGGUUUGAAAGGAGCGAUACAGAAUUUCCAUCAUCCAUGUCCGAGUUUCAGAUUGGCUGAUUAUGGUGGAAAAUUGGCCCUCUUUUGGGAGGUGAACUGGUCUUUGGUUUCUAAGAUCGAUUUUUACAGGCCUACGAAAAAAGUUUGGGGUGCGGUGGUUGCACUCGAAAGGCGCCAAAGUGAUGGAGAAAUCUCCGGGAAAGUUGAGUGGUGUGACGGACUGCUUCCGAUCCCAAUCCCAUCUCGUUUGUUGAAGGUUGUUGCUGUUACUGUUUGA